AUGCCAAAGGCUUUGCUGCUGCUGCAGCAGAGUGGAUUGCCUCGCAGCUGCUGCACCCGCAGUGUAUGGACACCUGCUGCCAUGCAGACGCCUCCAAACCCUUCUGGGGUUUCCUUCACCCCUUUGCCUUUGGUGUUUCCCCCAGUAGAGCCCUGCCCCCUUUUUGCUGCUGCCGCUGAGUCGGAGCAGGCCGGCCAGCGGCUGCCUGCUGCUGCUGCAGCAGCAGCAGCAGCAGCGCCGGGCGCGGCCGGCGUGGAGCUCGCAGCAGUUCGGCAGCAGCUCCUGCAGCGCAUGCAGGAGCUCUCCGCCCUUCACCGAGUCACACUGGCGCAGCAGCAGCAGCAGCAGCAACAGCUGCAGCAGCAGCAGCAGCAGCAGCCAGCCGAAUGCCAGAGGCCCCCUGAGGGGCCGCCUUUGCCCAAAGAUGCAGAGGCAGCAACUGAGACGGCGCCAGCUGCAGACGCAGCAGCAGUGGAGCCGCCAGCAGCAGAAACGCCAGCAGCAGCAGCUGCAGCUGCAGCAGCAGCAGCAAUAGUAGCAGCAGCAGCUGGCCCAAGUGGGAGGGCCCCUAUCCCCUUUCCUGGGGUGCCUGCUGGGCCCGCAGGGGCCCCCGGGGGCCCCCCGGGGGCCUCCGGGGCCCCUGGGGGCCCCGGGGGUCCCCACUUCAGCUUGGGGGGUACAGAGGGGGGCCCCCAAGAAGGGUCUUGGCUGCAGCAGCAUGCGCAUGCAUUAAUGAUGGCUGAGAUAUAUGAGGGGCAGCUGCGGCUGUGGCAUUCAUUUGCUUCGCUGCUGCAGCUGCAGCUGCUGCUGACGACGCAGGAAGCUGCUGCAGUGAAGCUCAGCAGCAGCAGCAGCAGCAGCAGCAGCAUAGGGAGCAGCUCGUGGCUCGUGUCCCGACCGAUCGGCGGCCUUGAAAGGUGCCUCUCUCCGUCUCCGUAUGCAGCAGCAGCAGCAGCAGCCACUGCAGCAGGAAGUGCAGCAUCAAGCAGCAGCAGCAGCGGCAGACGAGAUCCCGUGGCGGCGGGGCGACUUGCUGCGCUGCAGACGCAGCUGCAGCAGCUGCAGCAGCUGCAGCAGCUGCAGCAGCAGCAGAGUCCGGUGGGAGUUCCCGGCGGUGACGUUGCGUUCCGCAUGCAGGGGUCUGCGGACCCAGCAGCCGCAGCAGCAGCAGCAGCAGCAGCAGCAGGCCCGCCUCCGCAGGCAGCCCCCGCAGCAGUCCUUCCGCCCGGUGCAGCCGCGGCCUCCGCGCCGCCGCCGCCACCGCCGGCCCCCCCGCAGCAGCAGCAGCAGCAGCAGCAGCAGCAGCAGCAGGCGCCGUGGCGGCUGCGUUUCUUGGUGAUGUACCUGAAGCUGCUCGUGCUGCUGUUCCUCUUCGACGCAGGCAAAUGGGUUUAUCUUUGCUGCCUCCUUGUUGCGCUGCUGCAUGCAAACGGGGCUUUCAAUCCUUUGCUGCAGCUCGUCACCAGCACCAGCCACGCCCAGCCCUUCGAAGCUACGCUGGCCCAGCUGAGGAGGAGGCGGGAGCGGAGGCCGCUGCAGCGGCUGCGGCUGCAGCAGCAGCAGCUGCAUGCGUCUGUGGGGCGACCCUUUGAAGGAGAGACGCCGACAGCAGUAGCAGAAGCCUCUUCGCCCCAGACAGUCAACACUGCAUCCAGCAGCAUCAGCAGCAGCAGCAACAGCAGCAGCAGCAGCAGCGACAGCAACGGAACAAGCGGCCCUAGCCCCACCGAAAUCAGCGCCGACGACGGCAGAAGCAACAGCAGCAGCAGCAGCAGCAGGGCGUGGGUCAGCAGCGUAGACAGGUCUGUGGAGGCGGCGCAGGAGCUGCGGAGCCGCCGCCUCGCUGGCGAAGAUCCUGUAAGAGUUUCCGGGGGCCCCCCUGCAGAGCGGGGGGCCCCCGAAGCCCCCAGGAGUACCCUGGGGGCCCCCGGGGCCCGGGGGGACCCCGGGGCGCGGGGGGCCCCCGGGGGCCCCCCUCAGCGGGGCAGCGACGGGGGGGCCCCCAUACCCCCCUACUGGAAAAGGGCCCUUUAUCAAGGAGUCGCCAUGUUCUUUUUAACAACAAUUCCUUCUUGGAAUCCAAACCCAGAGUUGCUGAUAGAUUAUGAGGGACUUGCGGAGGAAGAGGGAGAAGGGGCGGAGCCGGAGGGGCCCCUGGGGGGGCCCCUGGGGGCCCCCCGCGCUGUGCAGCAGUGA